CACCCUGUACCUGGCAUCACAGCAGCCGCCGGGUGCGGUGGCUCACGCCUGUCAUCCCAGCACUUUGGGAGGCCCAGAUGCGCUGCCUGACCACGCCCAUGUUGCUGCGGGCCCUGGCCCAGGCUGCGCGCACAGGACAUCCCAGCGUCCGAAGCCUCCAUGGCAGCGCAGUGGCUGCCACCUACAAGUAUGUGAACAUGCAGGAGCCGGAGAUGGACAUGAGGUCGGUGACCGACCGGGCGGCCCGGACGCUGCUGUGGACCGAGCUCUUCCGAGGCCUGGGCAUGACCCUGAGCUACCUGUUCCGGGAGCCGGCCACCAUCAACUACCCGUUUGAGAAGGGCCCGCUGAGCCCGCGUUUCCGCGGGGAGCACGCGCUGCGCCGAUACCCGUCCGGGGAGGAGCGCUGCAUCGCCUGCAAGCUCUGCGAGGCCAUCUGCCCCGCCCAGGUGAGCCGCCCUCGGGCCGGAGGAGACUGCCCAGGAAAGCCCCUUCCCUCUCAGAGCCACUUCCCCUGUGAACGGGUUGCCAGAGCACCCUGA